GGAAGGGAACUGAGAUUCUCAUCAUCAUUUUCUUUUGCCUUUUCUUUUCUGUAGCAGUACCUGAUAGUAGAGCAGCUAAGCUAUCCCAUAAAAGCCAGGGCCAGGGGAAAGUGCUCUCACAGUCACAAGCUUCUCCUCUCUCCUGGUUGGUUUUUGAUGCUGUGAACAUUUCAAUACCCUCAGAAAUCUUCCAAAACCCCUUGUUUCCUUUUGAAGCACUUCAACUUUUUUAUGCUUCAGAGCAACUCCCAAUGGCAGAUUGGAGGGGUAUGAUGAGCAAAAGCAGUGGCUUUGGUGGGGGGUCAAUGAGAAACAAUGAAGAUUUUGAAGAAGAAGAUGUGUGGGGUGUUGGGAAUAAUGAGAGCGAAAAUUCAAGUCCCAAGAUGAUGAGGAAGUCUAACAAGGACAGCUCCUCUGCUUCUUCCUCUGCAUGGCGCCUCCCUACUGCUCCAAGAAUUAUCCCAAGGGCUGCUGCUGCUAAUACUCCAACCUCCCACGAACCCAAGGUGGUCCAAAAAUCAGCUCCUCAGAACAUCCCUGAUUGGUCAAAAAUUUAUGGCAAGAGUGCCAAGAUUGGUUCUUGGGUUCAUGAUGAUGAUGAUGGGUAUGGUGUCAAUGGUGGUCAUGUUGCUUAUGAGGAUGGGGGGCAUCAUCAUGAUCAUGGUGUCAGUGAUGAUGAUGAUGAUGUGAAUAAUGAUGGUGAUGGUGAUGAUGAUGAUGGUAUGGUCCCUCCACAUGAAUGGGUAGCUAGAAAGCUAGCAAGAAGCCAGAUUUCAUCUUUCUCUGUGUGUGAAGGGAUUGGAAGAACACUCAAAGGAAGAGACCUCAGCAAAGUAAGAAAUGCUAUUUUGACAAAAACUGGUUUCUUAGAGUAAUUAAUUGCCUUCAUCUCAUCAGUCCACCAUUAUUCUAUUUCAAUUUCAAUUUACCAUCAAAAUCAUUGUUAGCCAUGAGGGUCCCAUGUAAUCUUUUUUCAUUUUGCUUUGUUUAAUUCUUCUUAGCAAAUAUAGUAUGUAGUGUGCUGGCUGGGGGUCCACUGAAACUUUCACAUAGAAAGUCCCUAGCUAAAAGAAAACAGAGGUGCCCUUUUAAUGGUGUGAUUUUUUCCAGUAAAAAAAGAAGAUGGAAAAAGUUGAAAAACCAUUGGCAGCCUCUGAGAUUUUGUAUGGUAGCCAAGCCAAGUAACAUUUGGUGUUUAAUUUAGGUGAAUGAUGGGUAUUU